AUGGCGGCUGCUGGACUGUGGCACGGGACGGGAAGGUUCCUUGAGAUGGCGCCAGCCCGAGGGGGUUGGCCCCGGCUUUACAGCACGUCCCCUGUCUUCGCUGACGUGCUAAGGCUUCCGCAGAAACAGCUAACGAAAAUUGUAUACCCGCUGCGAGAACUGGCGCAGUAUCUCGUCACAGACACCGGGCCAGGCCUCAUCGAACAGAGACUCUUCGACCCCAGCCUGGAGGACAUCGCUAGGGCGGAGAGUGUCUUCGGGGCCACAGCCCGGAACCGCGUCGAGUACCUCAGCUCCGCCGUCCGCCUAGACCACGCCCCGAGCCUGCAGCAGCCGGAGGUGUGUUUCAUAGGCCGAAGCAAUGUUGGAAAAUCCUCCUUGAUAAAGGCCUUGUUUUCGCUGGCCCCUGAUGUAGAAGUCAGAGUCUCAAAAAAACCGGGGCACACAAAGAAAAUGAAUUUUUUCAAAGUUGGAAAACACUUUACAUUGGUGGACAUGCCAGGGUAUGGCUAUAGAGCCCCCGAAGACUUUGUUGACAUGGUAGAGGCCUAUCUAAAAGAACGAAAGAACUUGAAGAGAACAUUUUUGUUAGUGGAUAGUGUUGUUGGAAUUACAAAAUUAGACAAUAUUGCCAUAGAGAUGUGUGAAGAAUUUGCAUUGCCUUAUGUGAUGGUAUUAACAAAAAUUGACAAAUCUUCCAAAGGCUAUCUUUUAAAACAAGUACUUCAGAUCCAGAAGUUUGUUAACACACAAACACAAGGCUGCUUUCCUCAGUUGUUUCCUAUAAGUGCGGUGACCUAUUCUGGAGUGCAUCUGUUGAAGUGCUUUAUAGCAGAUAUAACAGGAAAUCUUAAGUAAAUGCUCCCAGGGUUGAUGAAGGUUCAACGUUCUUCGUAUCAACUGGAGUUAAACACUUAGAAUUCCAAUAUUGUUUUAAAUAUUGUGCAUCUCAACUUGCAAAAGAAUCAAUUCAACUUUAAAACCUGUAUCAUCCUGAGCAAAUAUGAAUUUGUUGGGGGUGAGGGUUAUAAUUAUAUUGUUCAUUAAGACAAAUGCUGUCUUCUAUUUUAACUGACAAGUCCAAGAGCAUAUAGCAAUACAUGAAGUGAGACCAUGUUACUACUAUGUGGAGAGGUUUGUUAUAUUAUUCUUUGUCUUAUAAAAGAAAUGUCUACCACCUUUAAUGCUGUGAAUGUGAACUAGGUAAGGUGGGAUGCCUUUCUGUAAAGCGUGCCUAGGUAAGUAGAAAAGUAAAUGGCUGUAUGUAUGCUUAUAA